CGGCGAGGGCGAGGAAAAGAAGAAGGAGAAGAAGAGGGCAAUGAAAAGUGUGUUUUAAUUAAAGUCACAAGUUGUCAUGCAUGCUCGGUAUGAGCCAGAGGGAGAGCGGAGCGGUGACAGGGCCACAGCCGCAGCGCAGCCCCGCACCUGGCGCACCGUCCGCCCGCACUAACCCGGUAUCACACACAGUUAGGAGCAGGAGAAGUUUGUUGACGCACCACUUUGUCAAACAUGGAUUUAUAGGAGCAAACAGUGUCUGAGUGCGGCUCCUGUCCCAGAUUUGCGGGUCAAAUGAGUCGACAGCGAAGCGCUACUGGUGUCAGAGAGACUGCAAUGUUUUGUUAGGACUUCUGGGGGAAAAAAGAAAAGAAAAACAAUAACAAAAACAAAAAAGACACCAUGGCAGACAGGAGGACUUUCAACGUUGUGAUCCUGGGUGUGGGAUUUUUGUUAAUUUUCACCGCUUUCACCACUUGUGGAAACAUUGAACAAACCGUUGUGAAAAGCCUGGAGAAUGACACUUUCACUGGAAGUGGUUAUCACAGCCUUGGGAUCAUCUACGGAGUUUUUUCCUUCUCCAAUUUACUGUCGCCAACAGUCGUUGCAGUGAUUGGACCGAAAAUCACCAUGUUUUUGAGUGGCAUUCUUUACAGUGGUUACAUAGCUGUGUUCAUCAUCCCAUCAACAUGGUCCUUCUACCUGACCUCUGUGCUCAUUGGCAUAGGAGCAGCCAUGCUUUGGACGGCUCAAGGACACUUCCUGGUGGAAAACUCGGAGGCGUCCACAAUCAACAGGAACACCGGAGUGUUCUGGGCUCUUUUACAGUGCAGCAUGUUGUUCGGCAAUCUUUACAUUUAUUUUGACUGGAAUGGAAGCACAGAAAUAUCAGACAGGAGCAGGAGAAACAUCUUUACGUCUCUGUUGGUUGCCUCUAUACUUGGUACGCUGAGCUUCCUCGUACUGAGGAAGACCCAUCAGCAGGAGGAGAUGCUCUCUGAAGAGGAAGGGCAGUCUUUGCUCUCAGCUCGCAUGAUGUAUAAGCAAAAAGCAAACAUGGCUGUAAAAGAUGCAAAGUCAGAAUUCAAAACCAUCCUACAACUCAUAAAGACCAAAACCAUACUGCUGCUGAGCGCCUGCAUGGCAUACACUGGUCUGGAGUUAUCAUUUUACAGCGGAGUGUAUGGGACUUGUAUUGGGGCAACUACUCAGUUUGGAGCGGCGGCUAAAGGCCUGAUUGGGAUCUCUGGGAUUGUGGUAGGCGCUGGAGAGAUAGUGGGUGGCGGCUUUUUUGGAUUGCUGUGCAAAAACAACCGCUUCAGACGGACCUCGGUGGUCUUUUUAGGAAUGGUUGUCCAUUUCAUCGCCUUCUAUUUGAUCUUCCUCAACAUCCCAGAUGACGCCCCUGUCGUAUUUAAAUCCAGCACUCAGAACAGCCCGUAUCUAACGCCGAGUGUGUCCAUUGCCAUGCUGUGUAGCUUCUUGCUCGGACUGGGUGACAGCUGCUUCAACACACAGCUCUACAGCAUACUGGGCCGCGUUUAUGCCGAGCAAAGCACGCCUGCCUUUGCCAUCUUCAAAUUCAUCCAGUCCAUUUUUGCAGCAGUGGCGUUCUUCUACAGCGGCUACAUCCUGUUGACCUGGCAGCUCCUCCUCAUGGUCAUCCUGGGCUUCACUGGAACGCUCUGCUUCUUCAUGGUGGAGAGGAUGCAGAACUUCUCUGUCGACUUCCAGGAAUAUUAGCGGGGUGAUCGAUCUCUACGUCAACACUGGAUAUCCUCUGUGGGACAGGGAACCUUUCAAGGAAGAACUGAAACCCGCAGACAAAGAUUCCUUUUGCUUUAUUAGGUUUUAUCUUGACUGGUGUAUUUUAAAACAUCUCUUCGGACGAUGCAUAGCAUUAACACUCAGAGUAGUUUGGAUGGACCGUUUAAGUCCAAGCACACUGACCGCCUCUAAAAGGACUAACAUGGUUAUUGGUGAAAAAGCCUGAAUUGUACUUUGCACAUUACCUGUUGUUUUAUGUUUAAAUUACCCCACGCUGCACACUAAUCAUCUGUGAUAAUUAACACUAUUUUUCUGUUGCUACAUUUUUGGUCUUAGAUGGGAUUUUGACAGCAACUGCUCAAGUUAUUUCUUAACUGUUUAUUGUUCAGGAUUGUUAACUAAGAUAAUGCUAUUGCUGAAAAUGUUUAACAUGCCCCAAAAUAUUAUAACUUGCUGUUCAUAUUUUGUCUAUCAGGAUAAUUAAUAUGAGUUUGAUGAAGAUAUUUGUGAGAUAGAAUAUUAAGAAAAAAAAACUCACUGGGAGAUACAUAUGAAACGCCUCUUUAAAUAUAGGCGAUUAUUUGUUUUAUUGGUUUAGAAAAUGAAACGUUUUUUUUAUUGGAGUAGGUUUAAAUAAGGUUUCUAUUGCUCCAGUUAUAGUGCAUCAGGAAAAGGCAACUACGUAGUGCUUGACAAUCACAUUUCCUAAUGUUUAGUAAAUGUUGCUUAUUAAUGUAAUAUCAGUGUUUUUUAUGACUUAAACCUUUGAUAAAUAAAGUCCUCAUGUGUUGGG